AUGUAUUUACGUAUAUCACGUUUACGUUUCGUACUUGUACGAUGUUGUUUUCUAUUGAUAAUAUUAUUAUUUUUAUUGGAAAUUAAAAUAUUUCUCUUCUACAAUGAUAAUUCGUCGAAAAAAAGUCCGAUGGAAAUAUCAUUUUGGCAACAGUUAUAUGAACAAGAUCAAUUGUUAACAGAUGAACAACGCGUGAAACAACUUGAAUCGAUAGAACAACAAAGAAUGAAAAUUGAACCGAAUUGGACAAAUAUAUUUUUUAAUAUUUACAGAAGAAAACUCGCCAGACUUGAUCAAAGAGAUAUGAAAACUUCAUAUAAAUAUCGUACGAUAGAAAAUAGACAAAAUUUUCUGCAAACAACAUUUGAAAUCUUCGAAGAAACUCCGGUUUUUGAACGGCCAAAAUUUUGCUCGUCAAAACAUAUAUUUCAUCCGCAAUGUCCUUAUAAGAACUGCAUAUGGAGUUGUGAUAAAUCACCGAUGAAUCAUGAAAAUAUUCGUCGAGCUAAUAUUUUUCAUCAUGUUGAUAUUAAACCUGAAGAUAUUCAUGAAAAACAAAAAUAUCGUUCUCAUCAUGAUAUUUGGAUAUUAUGGGUCGAUGAAGCGAAUCGUCAAAUAGAACAUUUAAAUGAAUAUAAAUUCAAUUGGACGUUAAGUUUUCGACAAGACUCCGAAAUAUCCAUAGGAACAUAUGGUUUAAUAAUUGAAAGUGACAAUAAUAACUAUAUUCAUGCCAAUAAUAACUCAGAUGCAAUUAUGUUUUCAUCAGAUUUUCUUUAUAUUUUACAGAAUCAUAGUAUUUUAUUAAGUGAUAUAACAUUAGAAAAUUAUAUUCUAACUAAUUAUCGUUAUCGUUCGAAACAUGCAUUAUGGUUUGUAUCGAAUUGUGAACCAAAACAACGACUCAAUUAUUAUGAACAAUUACAAAGAUACUUUCCCGUAGAUGCUUAUGGAUCAUGUAUAAAUAACGUAAAAAAGACGUGCAAUAAAAAUGAUCAAUGCGAAAAUGAUCAAUUUCGAUUAGCAUUCUUUUAUCUGGCAUUUGAAUCUCAAACAUGUACAGAUUAUAUAACUGAAAAAUUUUGGCGUGCGCUUCAUUACGGAAUGAUUCCAAUUGUGUUUGGACCACGAAAACAAUCCUAUUUAGAUUUGGGUGUACCUAAAUCAGCGUUUAUUCAUGUUGAAGAUUUUAGCUCACCUAAACAGUUAGGCAAAUAUUUGCAUAAUAUUGUAAAUGAUUAUUUUCUCUAUCGCGAUUAUUUUCAAUGGAGAAAUCAAUAUGAAAUUUUCUAUGAAACAAAUGAUCUUGAGCCAGUACGUAUGUGUGAAUUAUGUAUGAGAAUGAAUAUGCAAGAUCAAAAUGAACAUCGAUUCUAUUCGAAUAUUCAUCAAUGGCAUCGAAGCGAAUGCUAA